AUGGCUAAGAAGGGUUGGUUUAGCAUGAUUAAGAAGCUCUUUUUAUCGGGGACACAGCCCUCACAAGAGAAGAAUGAAAGAAGGGCUUGGAUAUUUGGGAGGGUUAAGACCAAGAGACUGCCUUCAAUUACAGCUCCACCACCCACAAAAGAACCAAGACUAAGUGAAGCUGAAGAUGAACACAGCAAGCAUGCUUUAACAGUGGCCAUUGCUUCAGCUGCUGCUGCUGAAGCUGCUAUUACCGCUGCUCAGGUUGCUGUUGAGGUUGUCAGGCUCCAAUCAGCUCAUCAACAACUUAAAGAAAAACAAGAACAGCUUCAACCUGUUAAAACUAGGCAUGAUACUCCUCAUUCCACACACCACUGCCAGAGGAAGACGGAAGAAUCUUCAGCCAUCAAAAUUCAAACAGCAUUUAGAGGUUACCUAGCAAGGAAAGCUUUGAGAGCAUUGAAGGGAAUAGUGAAGCUUCAAGCUAUCAUUCGUGGAAGAGCUGUGAGACGCCAAGCUUUGUGCACUCUGAAGUGCUUGGAAUCCAUAGUAAGUAUCCAGACACAGGUCUUUGCAAGGAGACUCCAAAUGGUUAAAGGAAGAUGGGAUUGUGGUGAACAUGAAGAUAUGCAAGGUUCAAGAGACAAGAUAAUAAGGAUGGACUCAAAUAGUGAGAGAAGGUGGGAUGACAGUAUUUUGUUGAAGAAAGAGGUAGAUGCCUCUUCCAUUAGCAAGAAAGAAGCAGUUGUUAAGCGAGAAAAAGUAAAAGAAUAUUCAUUUAACCACAGAAAGUCAGCUGAAUCAGAAAGAAACAAAAUUAAUGGGAGAUGGAGGUAUUGGAUGGAGCAGUGGGUAGACACACAACUUUCCAAGAGUAAAGAACUUGAAGAUUUAGACUCAGUUUUAAGCUCACAUUACUCUAGACCUGGGGAGGAAAGUGGAAAGAGACAACUAAGGCUCAGAAAUACUCACAGACAAAAUCAGGUUGAAGGAUUAGAUUCUCCGGCACUUUCUUCAAGGACCACAUUUCCCCAGAGGAGCCAGAAUUCAGAGGCAGAAGAUCACUCAUUCCCAAGCUCACCUGCAAUUCCUACAUACAUGGCUGCAACAAAAUCAACACAAGCAAAAGCCAGAUCAACAAGCUCUCCAAGAGCAAGGAUAGGAGGGAAUUUUGACAUGAACUCUGAUAGCUAUUCACCAUGCAAAAAAAAGCUACCUAUUGUGACUUCUAUUAAUAGUGAAGUGCUUAGUAUUGGUAGGAUGGGAAAGCUAAGUAGCAAUCAGCAAAGAUCUCCAAGCUUAAAGGGCCUUCCCAGACCUCUGAAAUUAAGUCAGACAUUGAGGGAUCUCAGCAUGAACUCCGAUUGCUCAGUGCCGAUUUCAGAUCAAGAAAGUUCCUUCAAAUGA